GACCACUGCUUGUUACUUUUAUUUCUUGUUUUGUUUUAACAGACCGAGCUAGACAAAGUGGCGAUAGCAUAACACAAUGCGCCGCCUCUCCCGUGCGCUCCCGUGCCGGCUGCUCGCUCUGCGGAGAGAGAGAUACAGCCCAGCCUCUCCCAGACAUCACAUCCGGGUCACUUGCCUGCAACUCACUAUAAGGCAGCUUCACAGUUACCUCGUAGCGCACCCCCAGCCAUAGGCUGCUUGACAUGGGUGUUAUCGGUAGCUAACGCCAAGUGGGUAAUUGGAAUCCUCGUCUGUCUCUGGGACGAUCCGAACAAAGCAGCCCAGUCAGCCGUCACUGAGAACUUCAUCAACUCAUGCAAUAUUAAUCUCAGCCAUGUCCAAAAGCCUGAAAAAGAAAAACCACUGGACCAAUAAAGUCCACGAGAUUGCCGUCUGCAGGAAUAAAGAAGGAGAGCUCGGCUUUGAUUUGAAAGGAGGUGCGGAGAACGGGCAGUUCCCUUACCUGGCUGAACUAAAACCAGGCAAGGUGGUCUGUCAGAGUGGGAAACUAUCCCAGGAUGAGUUGAUCUUGGAGGUCAAUGACACCCCAGUGGCUGGGCUCACCAUUAGGGAUGUGUUGGCUGUCAUCAAGCACUGCAAGGACCCCAUCCGGCUGAAGUGUGUCAAACAAGGGGGCAUUGUAGAUAAAGAUAUUCGUCACUACCUCAACUUGCGGUUCCAGAAAGGAUCAGUAGACCACGAGCUCCAACAAAUCAUCCGGGACAAUCUUUACCUCCGGACAGUGCCAUGUACCACAAGGCAGCCUAAGGAGGGAGAGGUCCCAGGUGUGGACUACAAUUUUGUAACUGUUGAUCAGUUUAUGGAACUGGAGAAAGGUGGUGCUCUAUUAGAGAGUGGGACAUAUGAAGAUAACUAUUACGGCACUCCCAAGCCGCCAGCUGAACCUACCCCAUUGCAGCUAAAUGUGACAGACCAGAUCCUUCCAGGUGCCAGACCAAGUGCAGAAGGAAAACGAAAAAGAAAUAAGUCAGUUAGUAAUAUGGAGAAAGCUGGCAUCGACCCCCCAGAAGAGGAAGAAGAGGAGAGGCCAGUUGUCAAUGGCAACAGUGUAGCAAUAACUCCAGAAUCAAGUGAACAUGAAGACAAAAGUACCGAUGCCUCCGGUGACAUGGCACCUCAGCCAUAUGUACCACCUACCCCGAGUCAACCAGAAGAAUCAAAAGAAGAUGAAGAAGCAACAAUUCAGAUGCCCAAACCAGAAGAAAAUGAUGACCUUGGAUCACUGCCAGAUAACUGGGAAAUGGCCUACACUGAGAAAGGAGAAGUUUACUUUAUUGACCACAACACGAAGACUACAUCAUGGCUUGAUCCCCGACUUGCAAAGAAAGCUAAGCCACCAGAAGAGUGUAAAGAAGACGAGCUUCCAUAUGGCUGGGAGAAAAUUGAUGACCCCAUUUAUGGCAGCUAUUAUGUUGAUCAUAUAAACCGAAGAACUCAGUUUGAAAAUCCAGUGAUUGAAGCAAAGAGAAGACUACAGCAACAGCAAAUGCCAAAUCAAGAUCUCUCUUCUCAGCCUUUGCAGGCAAUACAUGUCUUCCGAGAAAAGCCACUCUUCACUCGAGAUGCUACCCAGUUAAAGGGAACCUUCCUCUCAACAGCACUGAAGAAAAGUAACAUGGGAUUUGGUUUUACAAUAAUUGGAGGGGAUGAACCUGAUGAGUUCUUGCAGGUGAAGAGUGUAAUACCAGAAGGACCAGCAGCACAGGAUGGCAAAAUGGACACAGGUGAUGUCAUUGUCUAUAUCAAUGAUGUCUGUGUCCUUGGUCAUACACAUGCAGAUGUUGUCAAGCUCUUUCAGUCAGUUCCAAUUGGUCAGAGUGUAAACUUGGUGCUAUGUCGUGGAUAUCCUUUGCCCUAUGACCCUGAAGACCCAGCUAGUAGUUUGAUGUCUCCAAUGGGAUUAAUGGACAGACAACUAAUGGUGAAUGGAAGAAGUAGCUAUGACCAUUAUAUGGAUUACAUUUCACGGACACCUCGAUUUGUGCAGGAUCAUGCAGAACAGCUGGCACAGCAGCCCUUACUCACUCACCCUGCAGAGAGUCAUCUUGAUGGCCAGUUACCCCCUCCUGUCCAUGAUGACAAUGUAUCAAUGGCCUCCUCUGGGGCCACCCAGUCUGAACUUAUGACCAUAACCAUUGUGAAAGGAUCAGAGGGCUUUGGCUUCACCAUAGCAGACAGUCCCACAGGACAGAGGGUAAAGCAAAUUUUUGACGUUCAGGGUUGUCCUGGUUUAUGUGAAGGGGACCUCAUUGUGGAGAUUAACCAUCAGAAUGUGCAAAGCUUCAGCCACAACCAGGUUGUGGAUCUACUCAAAGAAUAUUCAGUGGGGACAGAGACAUCAUUGGUCAUCCAGAGGGGUGGCGGUCACUUUUCACCAUGGAAGACCUCUAAACAGGUGAUGGAGCAAUGGGAUAUCCAAGGCAGCCCCCAGACCAGCUUAUCAGCACCCGUAAUACCUUUCCCACCCAACUUCCACAGGGCUUCUUUCCCAGACUCAGCUGAUGGGUUUGAUCAAAGAAAACCCGAUCCCUAUGAACUGUAUGAGAAGUCGAGAGCUAUCUAUGAGAGUAGGCAGCAAGGCCCACCAAGGACAGUAUUUCGAAUGGAUUCCACAGGUGCUGAUUUUCAGGAAGUGGAUGUCCAUCUUCGUCGGCAGAAAUCUGGAUUUGGUUUCAGAAUACUGGGUGGGGAUGAACCUGGGCAGCCAAUUCUGAUAGGAGCAAUAAUUGAGAAAAGUCCUGCCGACAGAGAUGGAAGACUGCGACCAGGGGAUGAAUUAGUGGUUGUCGAUGGAAUAACUGUGGCUGGAAAGACACACAGAUAUGUCAUUGACCUCAUGCAUGCUGCAGCCCGAAAUGGUCAGGUCAACCUUACAGUUAGGCGAAAAAUGCAGUAUGUGGGUGAUCCAUGUCCUGAGAAUGGUAGGAGUCCUGGAUCAGUAUCCACACAACACAGCUCUCCAAGAAGUGAUUUUGUGGCCUAUCCCAACAGCACGCAGCAAGUUGUUUCUGGUGCUUCACCCCCAGAAGGCUUUGUGUCCCAUAGUUUGCAGACAAAUGAUGUUGUCAUCCAUCGCAAGGAGAAUGAGGGCUUUGGCUUUGUUAUCAUUAGUUCCUUAAACAGACCUGAGACUGGAUCUACAAUCACUGUGCCCCAUAAAAUUGGUAGAAUCAUUGAAUGCAGUCCAGCCGAUCGAUGUGGGAAGUUGAAAGUGGGGGACCGGAUACUCGCUGUGAAUGGCCAGUCCAUUAUUAACAUGCCUCAUGCAGAUAUCGUGAAAUUAAUCAAAGAUGCCGGACUAAGUGUAACUCUACGCAUCAUUCCUCAGGAGGAGCUCAAUAGCCCAGCAUCAGCUGCUAGCUCAGAGAAGCAGAGCCCUAUGGCACAACAACACAGUCCUGUGACCCAGCAGAGCCCUGUAGCGCAGCAGAGUCCCGUGGCCCAGCAAAGCCCAGCACCUCAUCAUAGUCCUGUCUCACAGCUACCACUUCCACCUGUACAGCUGCAAGGGCACGAAAACAGUUACAGGUCAGAAGUGAAAGCGAGACAGGACGUGAAGCCGGACAUCAGGCAGCCUCCCUUCACUGACUAUCGGCAGCCUCCUGUAGAUUACAGACAUCCUCCAGUAGCAGAUUAUCGGCAGCCGCCUACGUUGGAUUACCGGCAGCCUCCACUUUUAGAUUACAGGCAGCAUUCACCUGAUGCUAGGCAGUUCCCUAUACCAGACUACAGGCAACCACAGGAUUUUGAUUUCUUCACUGUGGAGCUGGAGAAAAGUGUGAAAGGAUUUGGAUUCAGCAUUCGAGGCGGCAGAGAAUAUAAAAUGGAUCUAUAUGUUCUUAGGCUUGCUGAAGAAGGACCUGCAAUAAGAAAUGGUCGAAUGAAAGUUGGUGAUCAAAUCAUAGAAAUCAAUGGUGAAAGCACAAGAGACAUGACACAUGCCAGAGCAAUUGAACUCAUCAAAUCAGGAGGCAGAAGAGUUCGCCUGCUACUAAAGAGAGGAACAGGACAAGUCCCGGAGUAUGCCGACAGCCCAAGCUCCUGGGAUUCUCCCCCUACAGCCUCCCCAAGUUUGCCGGAAGUAGUCUCUUCCCUUGAUGCUACGAUCAUACCAUUACCUUCAUCUCAUCCAGCUCCAGUCUCUGAUCCCAUUCACCAGCUUCCCCUGGAGCCAGCAUGGGACACCAAAGGGGAAAGCGAGACAGGACAGAGGAAGGAGCAGUCAUCAGGUGGCAUGGAACCAAGGAUAUCAGUGGAAAGAAAAGAUCAUUUGGAAAACUCUAAAGAGACAGAUCGGUCACAGUUGAAGUGCUCGGCGGGGAAAAGUUCCACCAAAAAGAAUAGCAGUGGCAAAAUAAGAGAAGGUGGCAGGUCCAUCUCAGAAGUCAGGGCAACUAGAACAAAGUGUUCAGCAGGUAUUGAGAACAUUGAAGACAUGCAAAAAGAGCAUAUCGAUGGUCUGAAAGGUGUCAGAGGAAGAUCUUUAGAGAGGAAAGGAAUAGACCGAGCGCAACGAGAGAAACAAAAUGAGGAGCCGCUGGAAAAGAACAUUCAGUUAGGUUUAAAUGGUGGAUUCAAGAAUAGUGGCAGGAAUUAUGAGAUCCCUGCCAAGAAGAAACCUGAUGGGGAGCCUUUGAGGAUCUCUGGUGAAGGGCAUUCCAAUUCUGGAAGUUGUAUUCAGAGCAACAGCAGUAAAACUGCAUCAAGGAAGUCCACACUGUCCCCUGGGCCUUGGAAGAUCCCAGGGUCUGACAAACUUCCUAAUGCUUUGAAGUCUGGAACUUCCACUGUGAGCAGAUAAUAAUAACAAAAAAACAAAAAAAAAAAAAAACAAGACAGCCACAGAGUCAUGAUCAUUUUGCCACCUGUAUUAGAUGAAAGAUAAAUAUUCCAUGUUUUUCAUAUCACUUUUUUUUAUUUAUAUUUUGUUUUAAAUUAUUUGAAGAUAAUAUACACCCACCACCUUAAUAACUGGAAAGCAUUCACUUUGUGAACCAGAAUGUGUGCGACAUCUAAAGAAGGACACUGAGGUGUGUUGUCUAAUCAGAGGCAUGCAGUGACAAGUCAAAUUCAGGAACUCAAACCAGUCCUACGUUUCAGUACAUGGGCUAUGGCAGCUACAAAUGAACCAAACCUAUGAAGUGAACGCUUUGCAAGAACAGUGUAUGGUGUUGCAGCCAUUUUUCUUUUUUGUUUUUAAACUGAAGUUGUCUCAUAAAGUAAGAGUAUGAAGAAUUUGCCUCUCCACCUCAUUACCAUCACCUUUGUCCCUGUCAUCAGCAGACUGUGCACAAAAGAGGAUAUCCACUAAUGGACCUCUGCCUUAAUCUGAGAAAGCACUGAUAUGCAGGAUAUCUCGAAUAACAACAGUUACAAGAAAGAAGGAUUAUUGUAAAUAAAACCCUCAAAAUCUAUAUCUAGUCAGAAGCUAAAGUUGUUUUUGAGACGCUCUGUGAGUAGCAUACUAAUUUGUCGAAAUUCGUAGCAUUGCAUUUUCCAUUUUUCUUGCAUAAUGGGCAUUUUAUCCUGCUCUCUUACAGCUUUAGUCCUUUGGGGUUAAUUAUUGUGAGUUGUAUAACUCCAGGGCUCUAGCUGGACUCCUGCUCCAAUCUAUGUAUAUAAAAUUCACUCCCCCUUAUUAUAACACUGUCUUGGAUGACCAAGUUGUUGAUAUGUGUAUAAUUUAUGACGAUUUCCGAGAGUGUUUUGAAAUUGGGAGCCAUGGAACAGUGGCCUUAUUUGGGGCAGUGAUGUGAAAAGAGUGCCUUAUAAUGAGGGUGGAGUGCAAUAUGUGAUAUGUAUCUGAAGAAUGACUUUUUAAGUAAGUGUGAUGUCACUAAAGUCUCUUCCAUCAAAGCCAGUAAAUAUAUUUAAAACUUUUCCCAAGUUUAAACUUUGAAGCCUUUAAAAUUCACGUGUAAACUGAAGGAAAAAUACUAUCGUGAAAUAUAUAUUUUCGUUUUUUGGAUGCUGCUUCUUAUAAAUUAAGACCCCAAUGUUACAAAUUUGACAAUGGAGUCUUUCUAAGUUUGUUAUUUAUGUUACCAACUUAUUACAAAGAAAACCAGUUAAAUACGUGAAGGACACAGCAUUUAGUUGAUUUUGUGGAAGUGCAAAAAUCCAAAGAAAGGCACUACUAGAAUAUGAGCCUGCCUCUCUGCUUUCGGGAUCUUUUGUGUAAUUAUCGUGCACAAGAUGUUAUUCCCUUUUUGACUUUUAGAAAUUGAAUGAGCUCAGCGAAGGGGGUGAACAGCAACUCUGUGAUUCUCUGCUUUUGUUUAUGACAGCUCUUGCGUCAAAAUGCUUUAACUAAGAGGUGCAUGCAUGCCAACUGCAGAAUGCGAUGGUUUGAUGCCAGCCUUAGGUUCUGUUUUUAUGACGGCAGUGGGUAACGUCUGAUUUCUUAGUAAAGUUAAAAUAAGAAGGCAUGGGCCCCUUCGUGGGAUCAAGUUAACGGAAAGCUAAGAAUAAUGUACAGUAUGUCAGAGUACAAAAUAUGCUUUAAAUGAAAAGUAUAGGUGCCUUCCUUGGAGAAGGUGUAAAAACACAACAUUUUGAUUAGUGUUCCAUUUCUUGACAUCUUGAAAGCUGAAACGCAUAUGAAAAUGUUUUCUUUCUUUACAUUUUUCUAUUACGCAUCAGCAUGGUAACAAAGUGCCACUCUGACGUCUACAUAUAGUAUACAUAUAUCUAUCAUAUAAUGUACACAUGUGGUAUAUAUACAUAACAUUAUGUGACAGGCAAGAAGAGUUAGAUGAUCUGUCUAGACCGGCUCUUAGGAAACCCAUGCAGUGUUCCUAGCCAAGAUAUUUAGAUUUGUUGCUUCCUCAACAGCUCAAGACUGUUUCCUUCAUACUAGCAUUGCGAGAAAUGUCCUGUGGUCCCCAUUGAUGAGCCACGGCUGCAGUAAGAUGAGUUCAGCGCUCGGUGGGUUCUAAUGCCUCUGAAGCAGGCCAUGGCCUUCACAGGCUGAAUGUUAAAUGUGGCCGCCAAACGGUUGUUCAUCUCGAAUGAUUUCUCUUCUCACAUCAACAAAGGCAAAAAAUAUAUAAAUCCUCUCAUCUGAAAGUCAAGAGUUAAUCACAUUAGACCCAUGUUCUAAGCAUCUGGCAUAUUUCUAGCAUUCUAAAAUGAUGCAUUUUAGACAGAACAAUAUAGAGUAUUCUUCUAAUAUGAAAGAGAGGCUUUAUUGACUAUCUAAAGUGUUGCCAAAAUGGAACAAUUGUUUUCCUUCAGACUGCUUCUAAUUAUAGUGCCAUAUGAUUAGAUGUCAUUUUGUGCUAUGAAAUUAUUAGGCCUCAUAUUCCUCCUUAUGCUGCUUUGGUGCCAAAAUGCCCAUUGUGUACUGUUUAGGCCGCAUGGAGAGUGUUUGGAACGUCAGAUGGUUCAAUUUAGUGUAGAAAGUAUAGAAAAGCACAAAACAUCAUCAGAUGUUUGUUGGGAUCAGCCAGGAUGCAGUCUUUCUACUACUUUGUAAGAGGCUGACUUCAGUGUGUGUUACCCCAUGAGAGGACAAUGCAGUAUAAUCUACCACUGGCCCACGUGACCGCCUCGGGACGAGGUCUCUGGGUGUUGUGCGCGUACAGUACAUGACGUAGUAUUGUUCUCAUACUUUUCAUGUGUGAAGAGGCAGAGAAGCUCUCCAGGCUUUACAUUGCUUUAACAAUGGAAACAUGAUUUUCUCGUUUUUUUGUUUUUUUUUAAUUUUAUUAUUGCCAGUGGUAUUUUUAAAUGAAGACAAAUGAAGGCACGUUACAUAAACCCCAUUCUGAUAGGUAUUGCUGUUUAGUGUUAGCUGUGUAUUUACCUUGUACAGUUGUAUCUCUAUAAAUAUGAUUCCAU